AUGAUGGAAACUCAUAAACGACCGGUUGCAUCCAACUCUGAUAUGAACAAUAAUGAUAUAAUUCAUCUAAGUAAAAAGAAAUCGAUACUAGAUACCAUGAAGAAAUCUUUUAGUGUCGGUCAAAUUAAAGAACUUCAUAUGCUCAAUUUUAUGUGUCAUAAAUAUUUUUCUAUUCAAUUUCAUCCGACACACAUGCAAAUAGUUACCGGUGUAAAUGGCUCAGGAAAAUCCACGAUAGCAAAUGCGGUAUGUCUUUGUUUGGGUGCACAAGCGCGAACCACUGGACGAACUUCCAAUGUUCAAUCUUUUAUUAGAAAAGGCGAAACAUCAGCUCAAUUAACUAUUAUCUUAGCCAAUGAGGGACCAGAAGCAUAUAAACCUGAAGUCUAUGGCAAAGAAAUUCAAAUAAUACGAAGAAUCGGUUCUCGAAAAUCCGGUUAUAAAAUUCUAGGCGCUAAUCAUAGGAUAAUGAGUACACGUAAGGAAACCAUUGAUGAAAUCAUCCAAGCAUUAUCAAUAUCUCCUGAAAAUCCAUUAUGUGUAUUACAUCAAGAAGUAGCAAAAACAUUUCUAAUAAGUAGCGAUUCAACGAAAAAAUACCAAUUUUAUAUGAAAGUAUCACAAUUAGAUCAAAUAAAACAAGCUUACGAACAAGGUGUUUGUACUGUUCGUUUACUUACUCAACGAGUUAAUACUAUGAAAGAGAAACAUGUCGAAAUGCUUAGAAGAUUAGAACCGUUAGAACAAGAGGUCAAAAAAAUCGAGCUUAGACGUAAUUAUGAAGAAAAGCGACACCUGUUAGAAGUUGAACUGAUAGCAGCUCGUGCUGAUCAAGCACGGCAGGAAUUACUUGAGGUACAUAAUAACUUAGAUCAAGUUCAAUCAACCAAAGAUGAUAUUGACGCUCAAACCAUUGAAAAUAAUAAUAAAAUUUAUGAAAUAGAUCAAAUAGUAGCGAAUUAUUUAAUAGAAAAAAAUGAUUUUGAAAAGGAUACAUAUGGUUUAAAUGAACUGUUGUCCUAUUUUUCAAAACAAAAACAGAAGAUUCAGCAUAGUAUUCAUCGUCAUAGACAAGAUCGUGAAGAUUACCGUAAAGUUUUAACAGAAAUUGAACUUGAGCAAAUCUACUUACAAAAACAAAUGGAUAAAUAUGAAAAUCUAAAUCACCAGUCCGAUGAUAUCGAUCAGCAACGUUUAGAAAUUGAUAGAGAAAUAUCCACUGAACAAGAAAAACAAAUCGAAUUAGAUAAAAUAAUGAUAGCGUUAAAUAAUGAUAUGCGUGCGAACAAUGAAAAUAUACUUCAGAAACAAACGACUAUGGAUUUUCUCAAGGAUGAAUUAAAACAAAGGCAACAAAAUCUCGAUGAAUUAAUUAAAAUAAAUCAAGAUAGAACAAAAGUUUAUGGUACGUGGAUGUCAGAUUGUUUAAAGUCAAUUCAGAAUGAUGAACGAUUUCAUAAAAAGCCUCUUGGUCCAAUAGGUAAUUAUGUUCAUUGUAUUGAUUCUCAUUGGUCAUAUGCAAUUGAAAAGCAUCUUGCAUCUAUUAUGUCAUCGUUUAUUUGCUCCGACAAUCAUGAUGAAGCAAUUCUACUUGAAAUACUGUCUUCGUAUGCAUUCGAUUGUCGUCCACCGAUCUAUAUACGAGCAUAUUCCAGUAAAGUUCAUGAUAUAUCAGGAACACUGAAACGUAUCAGAGCAGUCAAUCUUUUACCGAUUUAUGAUGUACUAAAAAUUGAUAAUAUAACUGUGGAAUGUGCAUUAAUUGAUAUUAAACAAAUAGAAGCUACUAUUUUAAUCGAAAACUUAGAGCCUGUUAAAGAAUUACGACAAAAUAAAAUACUACGUUGGGAAAGAAUCGAUGGAAAAGUGAAACAAGUUGUUGAAGCAUGGACAUUUGAUGGUACAAAUAUCAAAUUUGAUAAAACAUUUCGAAUAUAUACAAAUGAGAAACAACCAAUUAAAUAUUUUUUAACAAAUAAUAUACAAUCAUUAUCAAUGGAAGAAUUAGAAGUUGAUAUCAAACUUUCUUAUUCACAAAUUGAAGAUAUCAACUCGUCUAUGCAAGAAUUAAAAGGUACUCGACAAACAAUAGCUGAUGCAAUGAAUCAAACAAAUAUAUCGAUUGCCAAUAAUAAAACGAAAAUUAACGAACUUAUGAAGAAACUCGAUCAUCUUAAUGGUAUAAUGCCAAUAAUUGUGGAUUGUUCUCUCAGUGAUUUACAAGAAAAAGCUAAAAGUUAUCUGAUUACUUAUACUGAAACAGUUCGUAAAUAUGAUGAAGCAAAAGAAAAAGAAGAUGAACAUGUUCGACAAAUUGCCGACCUAACAGAGAAUUAUGAAAAUACAAUAAAAAAAAUUGAUUUCAAAACUCAUCAAUAUGAUCUCCUCAUAGAAAGUAUAAAUGCUCAACAAUCGAAUCGUUAUGAAAUUAAACAAAAACUUAAAAAUUUAAAGAAAAAAUCUACUGAAACCAAUGCACGUAUUCGUGAAUGCAAAAACCUACUAAAACAAUUAACUAAACAACAAUCAAAAAAACCAAAAAUAACAGCUAUCAUUACUCGAUGUGUUCGUGAUAUUCAAAAUGAACUCGAUGCUAUUAACAAUUAUAUUCGAGCUAAUGAAGACACCUAUGAAAAACGUCGAGAAAUAAUUAAUAAAUAUCGAACCGAAAGAGAUGCAGCAAAAGAAUAUAAACAAACUUAUGAAAGAUGUUAUCAACAAAUUGAAUAUCUUAAACAAUUUAUAAACAAACGUCAAGAAGGUUUCCUUACAAUUGCUGAACAACAUCAAUAUUAUCUUCGAAUUAAAUUUCAAAAUUUAAUGAAAACAUAUUAUUUCGAUGAUUGUGAUAUUAAAAUAGAUCAUAAGAAGGAACAGCUUGAAUUAAUUAUAAAAAAAGAUCAACGACAUCCAGCAUUGUUAUCUGGUGGUGAACGAUCAAUAUCGACAUUUUGUUUUUUACUUGCACUUUGGCAAUCUAUUUAUCAACCAUUUCGAUUACUUGAUGAAAUCGAUAUUUAUAUGGAUAAUGAAAAACGCAACUCAUCACUUGAAAUUCUUUAUCAAAAUUCUUUAUAUUAUUCAUCAUCGCAACAUAUUAUAUUUACACCACAAGCUAUUGAUUUUCAAUAUUGGAAUAAAUUAAAUGUGCCUGUUUUUAAUAUGCCGACACCGAAACGUUAUAAUCAAGAAAUUGACUAA